AUGGAUGACAGUGAGUGUUUAUCCGAGUUUCGUUUUCAUAAGAGUGACCUUUCCAUCCUUUCUGAGGCCCUACAUCUUCCUAACUACUUUAUUUGUCAACAAGGAACAAUAUGCGAUGGAAUUGAAGGGUUAUGUACCGCACUUCGAAGGUUUGCGUACCCAUGUAGACUCAGUGAUUUAAUUCCACGAUUCGUCCGCCCAGUUCCAGAGCUAAGUAUGAUUUCCAGCCUUGUGGUGGACACAAUUUAUCGGGAACAUAAUCACAGAAUAACUCAGUGGAAUGAUAUACUCCUGAACCUUGCACUUCUCGAAACCUACGCUCGUGCAAUUCAGCAAAACGGUAGUCCAUUACACAACUGCUUCGGUUUUAUAGACGGAACAGUACGGCCAAUUUGUCGACCUGACCAAAACCAAAGGAUUGUGUACAAUGGGCAUAAGCGAAUGCAUGGUCUAAAAUACCAUUCUGUGGCACUACCCAAUGGUAUGAUAGCCAACAUGUUUGGCCCAGUAGGUAAGUUUUAUAAUUGAGGCUGUUUGGUUGAAUUUGAAAAUUUCAUGCCGACCAUAAACUGCAAUAUCACUUAUGUUGAUCUCAUUUUAGAGGGCAGAAAGCAUGAUUCAGCCAUGUUGGCCGAUUCUGGUCUUCUGCAAGAUCUCGAGCAACAUGCAUUCUCAACAACACGAGAACCAAUGGCUCUCUAUGGCGACCCGGCAUAUCCUCUGCGUGUUUAUCUCCAGGUACCUUACAGAGGUGUGGGGAUUACACCCCAAAUGGAGCUGUACAACAAAGCCAUGAGUUCCGUUCGCAUGUCUGUAGAGUGGGACGUUUUAAAUUAUUUUAAAUUUCUAGACUUUAAGAAAAAUUUGAAGAUCUCACUUAGUGCAGACGGCAAAAUGUACAUUGUGGCUGCCAUUCUGCGAAACGCCUUAACCUGUAUGUACGGCAACUUACUUCGGAGUAUUUUGCUUUGGACCCUCCUACUAUUCACGAUUAUUUUGCUUGAUCAGGAACACAAAACGUCCAGUGUC